ACAUAAGUUGCCUUGGUAUCCACAGUAUGACGUCAGCUUUCCUUGCCGUCUCCUUUCAUGUCUUCACUAUUUGUGCAACUAACCUCGAUACCGAGGUCCUUCUCAACAUGCCAUUCAGACAGGCCCUUCAAGGAAUUAUUGAUAAGGCGGACAAGGCUUGGGAGGGAUUCAGCCAUCCCGCCCCGGCGCCAGGAGCAUCGUACAACAGGCCUCCCCCACCACCUAUUCCAGCCUCCACCAAACCACCAGCUUAUCAGCAGCAGGGCGCGCAAGCCCUGAUCUACUGGCGGCCCGAUUUACGUCCCGAGCUACCGGUGUCCACCAAUUUUCAUCACGAACAGGGACAGCACGGAUGGGGGAACCACGAGUCCCAGAAUUAUAUCGACAGCCCGCAAAACUCGUUCCAUUCGCCCCAUGGCGACGCGGUGAUCGUACGGGCUUUGAUCAACCACGGGCAUCCCGACCCUGCACAGAAAUUUACCAGUGCCAGGCUGUCAAGUCACCAGACCCUCAGUCGACCACGAGGCUGUCUGUCGGCCAGAAUCACGGCGCCGGUGGCACGAGGCAUCUGGCCUGCCUUUUGGCUGCUGCCUAAAGACCCCUUCAAGUGGCCCGAGGAUGGCGAAGUCGACAUCAUGGAAGCGUGGAAUGGCGAUGCUGUCAACCAUACCUGUCUGCAUUGGGGUCACUUCAACGGUCAGGACUGGGAUAAGCAUCGCGUUCUCGAAACGCCAGUCCCCAACAUUAGCUCGCCCGCGGGAGUGAGGUACGAUUUUAUCUGGGAUGAGGACGAAGCAACGGGCAGGGGGCGCUUGGUCUGGCUAAUUGAUGGCAGGCCCAUCAUGAGAGCUGAGAAGCCAGCUGGCACGAGGAAGAUGAGUGAGUUCAGAAUCCUCAUCAACAUCGCCGUUGGAGGAAAUGUGUGUCAGGGAAAUAUGCCUAGUGAUGGAUGCUACGAGAUGGUGGUUCGUGAGUUGGCCAUGUGGGACGCACCACCUGGGGGUUGGAAUGAGUUUGGAAGGGCUUGGAGCUAUUCCAAAGAUGGCAAUACCAUGUAACGAAACGAAAGAGAUUUACAUUGCAAGAUGUCCAGAUCGAUCGCUGAGAUCUUAUGGAUUCAUCUGAUCCCUUAGCUCUUAGAGUGAAUCCACUUUGUACGAACGCAGUAGAUGAUAUUUUGACAUGCUGCAAUGCCACAGAUAACUGUCGUGAAGCCCAUUAUCUCGAUGCGUUUAUUGGUCUAAUUAGAUACAUGACAUUCGCUUUCUAGCCGAGGUAUCUCAAAACGGAAAGAAGAAGAUUGUUUCCGUUGCGGGAGACGGCGCAC